CUUUUCUUUUUUUUUUUUUUAACUGUGUGGAAGCAGAGCAUCCUUUAAAGUCCUCCCAAGCUCCUAACUGCAGAGAUGGUGACAUUGCUUUGAACAAGGAGACAAGUGACCGACUUAGCAGGAAGUAUUCUGGCCCUGGCUUUUGUCUUCCUCCCUGAAUCUGAAGAACUAUGGAGAACUGGUACUGGAUGACACUCGUGGUCUUAAUAGGACUCACAGUGCGGUGGACGGUUUCUCUUAGUCCUUACUCAGGUGCUGGAAAACCCCCUAUGUUCGGUGAUUAUGAAGCUCAGAGACAUUGGCAAGAAAUUACUUUUAAUUUACCAGUAAAAGAGUGGUAUUUUAACAGUAGCAAUAACAAUUUGCAGUAUUGGGGAUUGGAUUACCCACCUCUCACGGCCUACCAUAGUCUCUUAUGUGCAUAUGUGGCAGAGUUUAUAAAUCCUGACUGGGUUGCUCUGCACACAUCACGUGGAUAUGAGAGCCAAGCACACAAGCUCUUCAUGCGUACCACAGUUUUAGCUGCUGAUUUGCUCAUUUACAUCCCCGCGGUGCUUUUGUACUGUUACUCCUUAAAAGAAAUCUCACCUAAGAGAAAGAUCGCUAUUGCAUUAUGUAUAUUGCUGUAUCCAGGCCUUAUUCUUAUCGACUAUGGACAUUUUCAGGACAUAUACAAUUCUGUGAGUCUUGGCUUUGCUUUGUGGGGUAUUCUUGGAGUGUCUUGUGACUGGGACCUGCUAGGGUCACUGGCAUUUUGCUUAGCUCUAAAUUAUAAACAGAUGGAGCUCUACCACUCCCUGCCAUUUUUUUGCUUUUUACUUGGCAAGUGUUUUAAAAAAGGCCUCAAAGGAAAGGGGUUUGUGUUGUUGAUUAAGAUAGCCUGUACUGUCACGGCUUCCUUCCUUCUGUGUUGGUUGCCCUUCUUCACGGAAAGGGAACACACGCUACAGGUUCUAAGAAGACUCUUCCCUGUUGAUCGUGGAUUGUUUGAGGAUAAAGUAGCCAAUAUUUGGUGCAGCGUUAAUGUUUUUCUGAAGAUUAAGGAAAUUUUGCCUCGUCACAUCCAGCUAGCAAUCAGCUUUUGCCUUACAUUUUUGAGCCUGCUUCCUGCAUGUAUAAAAUUGACCCUUCAGCCCUCUUCCAAAGGAUUCAGAUUUACUCUGGUUAGCUGUGCACUAUCAUUCUUUCUGUUUUCUUUUCAAGUACAUGAAAAGUCCAUUCUCUUGGUGUCAUUACCAGUUUGCUUACUUUUAAAUGAAAUUCCUUUCAUGUCAACUUGGUUUUUACUAGUGUCAACAUUUAGCAUGCUCCCUCUCCUAUUGAAGGAUGAACUCCUACUACCCUCAGUUGUGACAGUGAUGGUGUUUUUAGUAGCUUGCGCCACUUUCUUCCCGCUGUGUGGGAGCACGUCUGAGGAGCAACUGCAGUUGACAUCCUUCGCUGUUUCUGUCAGGAGGCGUCUCCCGGGCUUUACGUUUCUUCCCAGAAUUAUACGGUAUUUGUUUCUUUCUUCAGUCAUCGCCAUGGUCCUUCUGACGAUUUUGAGUGUCACAUUGAACCCUCCCCAGAAACUACCAGACUUGUUUUCUGUAUUGGUGUGUUUUGUGUCCUGUAUAAACUUCAUUUUUUUCUUGGUAUAUUUUAACAUUGUAAUCAUGUGGGAUUCCAAAAAUGGGAGAAAUCGGAAGAAAAUCAACUAGCUGUUUUCCCAAACAAAUGUAGUCUUUGUUAUGUAUAAGCAAGAAUCCUGGUGUCAUAGGAAAAGAAACGGUCAAUGCCUAUUGUUAUCUACACAAACUGUGUAUGGACCAAAGCACUUGUUUUUAAAGUAUUUUUUGCUAAAGCAUAUUGUAAUUUUGGUAAUAUUCACAGAUAUUUAAGUGCUAAAUUAAGAAAAAAAAAAUGUCCCAGCUGGUUGAGGUAGCUCCUUUCUGCAAUCUUAGUGGCAGGAAGACCUUGCUUCAAGGUCAUCCUUGGUUACAUAGAAAGUCUGAGGCUAACCUGGGUUAUAUGAGACUCCUGUCUCAACAAAAAAGGGAAAGAAAAAAAAAAUGUCCUUAAUGCCAAUAUCUGAUAAUGGAAUGUAUUCUAAAGA